UGAUGACGUUCAACCAUCGACCAUUAAGCCUUCUAUAUAAAAAGACUUGUCAUUUUUUGUAUUUGGAACAAAAUUUGGUUUUUUGCAGCUGAUCAGACUGAAGUAAUAUGUUGGUUGCUCUUUUAAUUUCUGCUAGAAUUAUUUCAAGUCUUUCAUUGCCAUCUGACGAUGGAUUUGAUCUAGUUUUUGUGCAAGCUCUCUGGAGGCAUGGGGAUCGAGCUGCACAGUACCCUUAUAAGAAUGAUCAAUUUGUGGAGGAAGAUUGGAAGAUAAUUGGAAGUGGAAUUGGACAACUCACAUAUAAAGGAGUGAAACAACAGAUUCAACUAGGUGAAGCAAUUCGCCAGAGAUAUAUUGAAUCGGGAUUUUUGUCGCAGGGAUUUGACCCUGAAAUGAUCAAAUUCCGAUCUACAAAUCGCAACCGAACAAUUCUCUCAGCCGAAGCUAACUUUUUGGGAAUGUACCCAAAUGAAGGAGCAGUCACCCUUCCGGUUACUGUACCCGAUGACUAUUCCAAAGAUUGUGUGAAUAAUGUCAUGUGCAAAUGCCAACGAAGGAGCAAACUACAAAAUAUGGCAAAGAACCUUGAAGAGUACAAGAAUAUUGUAGAACAUCCCAAGGUCAAUUCUCUUUUUUCAAAGUUAUCUGAACACACUGGAGAGGUUAUCAAUGCAGACAACUUUUGGAGAAUCCCUGACACUUUGAGAUGUGAAAAACAGAAUUUCCCGUGUGAAUUUGAGAAGAAAACUCCUUGGUACUCUGAGGGAUUGCUCGAUGAGCUCGAAGUUCUGAACACAAAAAUCAAUCGAUUCACAUCUGGAUUGUACACUUCGAAAAGUGAAAAUGGAGUGGAUGUUGGAAAGGAGAUUCAGAAGUUACGAUCAGGACCAUUAGUUUCUGAGAUCUUUGAGAGAAUGAAAAAUAAGUUAGACUGUCAAGUUGGUGGAGGACGUGCUUCAAGAUUAGGAUGUUCGGAGACAGUUCAGAAGAUGAAGUAUUACGCAUAUUCAUCUCACGACAUGACUCUCUAUGCUCUCCUCAAUGCUCUCGGUAUUGAAGAUCUGACAUCUUCUGAAAUUGGUGGAUGGCCAUCUUAUGCUUCUUCACUUUUCAUCGAGCUUCUUCUCCGUCAAAGUGACAGAACUCCCUAUUUUAGGGUAAUCUACCGUAACCCAUCUUCCUCAAAUGAAUUUUUAAAUAUCACUCCAUUAAUUCCAAAUUGCCAUGGAUCUUCUUUCUGUCUUCUGGAGGCUUUUGAAGAAAUCUACAACAAGUUCAAAAUUGAUCUGCCUAUAUCUGAAUAUUGCCAUGUUACAGAUGAUCUCAGCUAAUCGAUUUGGUGCCAAAAAUUAAUUUAUUUGUCUACACUUAUAGGUUUAGAAAAUCAGAAAAUGAGAAAAUAAAUAAACUAUUUAUAUAUUUUG